AUGCAUCUGGUACCUAAAGAGAUCGACAAGCUAGUCAUCUCACAGUUGGGACUGCUUGCUCAGAGAAGAUUGGCGAGAGGCGUCAAGUUGAACCAUUCCGAGGCUGUGGCUCUCAUCGCUAAUAACCUCCAUGAACUUAUCAGAGAUGGAAACCAUACUGUCUCUGACUUGAUGGCGCUGGGUGCGACGAUGCUGGGACGUCGUCAUGUUAUGCCCUCAGUCUGCACAACCCUUCAUGAGAUCCAAGUCGAGGGCACCUUUCCCUCUGGAACAUACCUCGUCACAGUCCAUAAUCCAAUCAGCUCAGACGAUGGAGACUUGAGGAGAGCUCUAUACGGAAGCUUUUUGCCCGUACCAGAUAAUAGUGCCUUUCCUAUGGCGGCCACAGAGGAGUACGAGCUCGACAGGCAGCCUGGUGCAGUGAUACCUGUCAAGACAAAGAAGAUCACUCUCAGUGAAGGAAGAAAGAGGAUCCGUCUCCAAGUGACAAGCACAGGAGAUAGACCUAUUCAGGUUGGAUCUCAUUACCACUUCAUUGAGACAAACCCACAACUUGAGUUUGAUCGUAUUCGCUCAUACGGCUACCGUCUUGAUAUUCCAGCCGGAACGUCAGUGCGAUUCGAACCUGGAGAUACCAAGACCGUUACUCUGGUUGAGAUCGGUGGUAACCGUAUAAUCCGUGGUGGUAACAACCUCGCAUCGGGUGUCGUUGAUCUCUCACGUGCAGACGAAAUCCUUGCCCGGCUACAAGAAGCUGGGUAUGCUUACAAGCCAGAGCCUGCAGGAGACAUGGCCUUUAUAGACGCCUUCCAGAUGGACCACGCCUCGUACGCGACCAUGUUUGGCCCUACGACAGGCGAUAUCGUUCGUCUUGGAAGCACAGACCUUUGGAUCAAGGUUGAAAACGAUAUGACCGUUUACGGCGAUGAGUGUAAAUUCGGUGGUGGAAAGACUCUGCGUGAGGGAAUGGGUCAAGCGACUGGACGAUCAGACGCCGAGACUCUUGACCUAGUAGUAACAAAUGCCCUCAUCGUGGACUGGACAGGUAUCUACAAGGCAGAUAUUGGUGUCAAAGAAGGUAUGAUCGUGGCAAUCGGCAAAGCAGGUAAUCCAGAUGUCAUGGAUGGCGUGACAGAAGGAAUGGUGGUCGGCAGCUGCACCGACGUCGUUGCAGGCGAGGGAAAGAUUGUUACCGCUGGUGCAAUCGACACGCAUAUUCACUUUAUCUGUCCACAGCAAGUACCAGAAGCACUUGCAUCCGGUGUUACAACCAUGCUUGGUGGUGGUACAGGCCCAAGUGCUGGCACAAACGCAACGACUUGUACGCCCGGAGCUCACUACAUGCGACAGAUGCUGCAAGCAUGUGAUCAACUUCCCAUCAACGUCGGAAUCACAGGCAAGGGCAAUGAUAGCUCCCCAGAGGGUCUGCGCGAUCAGGUAAAUGCUGGCGCGUGUGGUCUUAAGCUGCAUGAAGAUUGGGGCUGUACACCAGCAGCUAUCGAUGCCUGUCUGAGUGUUUGUGAUGAGCUUGAUGUUCAGUGUCUUAUCCACACAGACACGCUCAACGAAUCUGGCUUUGUCGAAUCUACCAUUGCUGCUUUCAAGGGCCGUACCAUCCAUACCUACCAUACUGAAGGUGCAGGAGGUGGUCAUGCACCAGAUAUUAUCUCUGUGGUCGAGCAUCAGAAUGUCCUCCCAUCGUCCACCAACCCCACAAGACCAUUUACACGCAACACUCUAGACGAGCAUCUAGACAUGUUAAUGGUCUGCCAUCACUUAUCCAAGAAUAUUCCCGAAGAUGUAGCUUUCGCCGAGAGUCGUAUCCGUGCCGAGACCAUCGCGGCGGAAGAUGUACUGCACGAUAAAGGCGCCAUCAGCAUGAUGAGUUCCGACUCGCAAGCAAUGGGACGCUGUGGAGAGGUCAUUCUGAGAACGUGGAACACGGCGCACAAGAACAAGGUCCAGAGGGGUUGGUUGCCAGAAGACGAAGGCACAGGAGCCGACAAUGCGCGAGUAAAGCGCUAUGUGAGCAAAUAUACUAUUAACCCAGCCAUUGCGCAAGGCUUUGGUCAUAUUAUUGGAAGCAUCGAGGUUGGCAAGUUUGCGGAUCUUGUCUUGUGGGAUCCUGCGUGGUUUGGCACGAAGCCUAGCUAUGUCCUUAAGGGCGGACAUAUCGCAUAUGCUCAGAUGGGUGACCCCAACGCCUCUAUUCCAACAGUUCAGCCUAUUAUUGCUCGACCCAUGUUCUCACAACACUGCGCCUCGACAAGCAUUCUGUUCGUCUCAUCCGCAUCUAUCGAAACGGGUGCUAUAGCCUCUUACGGCCUACGCAGCCGUGUCGAGGCAGUCCGCGGAUGCCGUGAUAUCGGCAAGAGUGAUAUGAGACAUAACGAUAUUAAACCUCGGAUGCAUGUUGAUCCAGAAAGUUAUACUGUUGAAGCUGAUGGGGAGGUUUGUGAGGCAGCGCCUGCAGAGACCCUGCCACUUACACAACAGUUCUAUGUGUAUUAA